UGAUAAUGACAUCAUAUUGUUUUGUAGACAAGCUUCGAAGAACAUGGUGAAUAAGAUUUUGUUACAGAGAGAAAGGUUUUGUUUGGGGGAAAUGUGAACACAUUGGUUAUUUCUAGUAUCGUAGGAAGCAAUGCAGCGAAGCACUAGUGUUUAUGGCAGUUCAGUUGCCCUCAAUGGUGUUCAAAUGAAAAUAGGAGAAAAAUUCAAAGCCAUAGCGCAGGUGACUUUACCUGUUGGUUGGAAGACAAGGGAUCAAUCACUACUUUUGAGUCUCACGUAUGACUUUGCUCUGGAGCAGGAGGUUAUAAAGAAGUACAAUGCUGAAAAAGAAGCGAGGCAACAGCAUGAACAGGCAGAAAAAGCCAAAACACUAAAUCCCUUCAUUGCGAACAUUGGAAAUGAGAUCUUGCAACCGAUAUCAACAUCAAGCACUCCCGUAGCAACAAGUGUGAAUGGUAAAACCAGUGAACAGUUCAACUAUAAAGAUUUUGAAGACAAUACUGACACACCUUUUGAAUCAGUUGAGCGGCAAUCUAUCAACGAUAUGGAUGCAUUGAGAAGUAUCUUGCAACCAAAAGCAGAAGGAAAUUUUAAGAUGAAUGUUUCGAACAAUGCUGGUGGUAUCGCAGAGAGUUCUCAAGGUGUAGAUGGUGUAGAUGGUAAUACUGACACAAGUAGCCACAAAUCAAACAUGUUGAAUACAGUUGGCAAUGGUAAAGCUACAAUUCAUCAAUCUUCCAACUUGAAUGAAACACGCUCUGCAUCACCUAUGAAUGCCAAUUCUACUGGAGAAAAUACAUCAAUGAAUGGUGAUCAAUUCCCACCACAACAUUCUCAACUAAAUGCCGAAGGAAAUAGAAGAAUUUCCCUCCCGGGUGCUUUAAGGGUCUUUCCACCCGGAGCAGUAAACCCUCCACCUAGACAUCGUGUAAGUGAUCCAAAUAAAAGUGUUCCUAUGGAAACAGAGUCCGCUUUUCAAAGUCGAACAGAGGAGGCAAUAACUUCACAAAGUGGUAAAAAACCAGUUCCCAAACCUAGAAGUAAAUUUCCUCCAAUUGUUAACAGUCAAGAUACAUUAGCUACAAGUGAACCCAUAUAUGACGUCCCUCCGCCUCCUUUACCUCCAAAGAAAAACAUUGGCAAGAGCAAACAGGCCAAUAACAUGAUUUUUCAUGAUGCACCCUUUCGUCUUCCGCCAAUUUCACCUCCAAAUCAUGUAGCCACGCCCCAUAUUAAUGAUCCUCGUUCCUCGCUGUCCGUGGAAGAAAGAAAAUUUGUUGAUCAGAUAUCAGGCAUUGGAUUUGACGUUGGUCAAGUUGCCCGAGCAGUGAAACAUUUAGGAUGCAAGCAACAGGAGGUUAUAGAAUAUGUUAUAUUGGUGAAUGAUUUGUGUAAUGAUGGAGAAUUUUCGAGCAGUCAGGUUGAAAUGGUUUUAAAGGAAAACACUGACAAAAAUAAGGCGAAAGAAUUCCUCAAAUUAAUUGUAAAGUUUAAAGAACUGGGCUUCGAAGAAAAUAAAGUUUUCGAGGCGUUAAAAAAGUCGGAAUGCGAUGACAAUAAAACGCUUGAUAUUUUAACAAAUGCUAGCUAGAACAGUCUAAUAUAAGAAGCGAUGAGUUUUUGAUUGUUUAUAAACAGAUUAUGUGACUUGUACGAAGAUACUUAAGUCAUAUUCUUA